AUGUCUUUCUCGCCCACCAACGAACGCCUGCUUCCGCAACAGCCGGCUUCGACGACCAAUGGUUCCUAUUCAGGCAUAGUAAGUGGGGCAGCCCGCUCAAUCUUCGGUUCCUCGGACGAAGAGGCAUACAUGCGUCAGCAAUACCUCGCUCAUGAGCAGCUGACGAGCAUUGCGCAGCAAGGCCAAGUGCAACAUCAAGGCCUAUACCACGCUGCUCAGCAUUCGACGUCCUUUUCUCCUGCACUAACCAACCGUGUGCCGCAGCUCAUGCUUGGAACCAACGGGUUGCAUCACCAGCACCCCCAGGUUAGCAUGUAUACCAACGGACACGGGGGCGGUGGAGGCACAUGCACACUACCACAGGCCGGACAGGCUUCUAGUGGUCCCUCAGGCGGAGAUGGUUUGCGAGCCCCUUCUUGCCCUACUGCACGCAACAAUUGCGCAAUUCGGUUUGGAAACAAUGGCUUUGAUUCGAAUGCAGUGAGCAAGUGCGAUGCUCCAUGCACCUCCUCGUGCUACUCUGGCAAUCCUGGCGGUGGCCCUGAUCCCAACGACUGCGAAUAUGCAACUGGACUCUUGUUUGCCCGCAAUCCUCAACUGUUCACCCUCCCGACGGGAGGUUACAAUUUGUUUACAUGGAGGUCAUGCGGCAUAGGAAUCCAGAACCAGAUUGUCAGCUCGGGAGCGCCCUGCACGCAACGAAUGCAAUAUGACCACGCCGACGUUGCCAAUGUGGCUCGCUAUCUCGCUUGGAACUGCCAAGCCGCACAAAAUGCGCAUGGCGGACGCUGUACCGCCGACUCGGGCGUCUAUAUUCCAAAUUUCCCCGACUUCUAUAUCCAGGUCUAUCGUAAUCAGUAG